UGGCAACACUUUAAAAAAAACAGACGAGAGGUUCGUGUCUUUUGAUAUAAACCGGUGCUAACGAUGAAGUCAUGACCUUUGACGUAAGAUAAUAUACGAAGGCCGAAUUAUCCGAAUUUCAGAAUACGCAAGAUUGUUUCAUAAGACUACAUUAAAUAGAUAAAAUGCUUCAUAUAUGAUUGUUUAACGAAUAGUAUUCAAAAUGGUUUGGUUGGAAAAAGUACAACGUACCUGGUUAGAAUCUUUUGUUAUCAAGGUGUUGCAGACUGGUGAUAUUCCUAAACAUGUUGCAUUUAUUAUGGAUGGUAAUAGAAGAUAUGCUGACAAGUUAAAUUUAAACAGAGUGGAUGGCCAUACUCAUGGAUUUAAAAAAUUAUCAGAGGUAAAUAUAAAAGUUCUAAUGUAUUUCAGAAAUGAGAAUUCAAUCUGGAGUCACUCUUGUAUCAAUGACAAAACGUUGAUGCAGAAGGAUGACUGCAGUGGAAUUUCGACUCAUGGGCGUAGUUCAAGAGAGAAGAUUGAUAAAUAUGGUAUUUGUGUGAGAGUGCUUGGUGAUAUAAAUCUUCUUCCAAAUGAUAUACAAAAAGCAAUUGCUGAUGUUGUUUUAUAUUCAAUGCACAACAAUAGUUUAUUCAUCAAUGUUUGUCUUGCAUAUACUUCUCAAGAAGAAAUCAGUACAGCAGCAAAUGAAAUAGCAGAAGCAGUUUCAGAUGGUAUUCUGAAACCUGAAGAUGUAGAUGAAGAACUUCUUGACCAGUGCAUGUAUAACAGUUCGGAACCCGAUUUACUUGUAAGAACUUCAGGCGAAGUUCGGUUAAGUGAUUUUCUUCUUUGGCAGAGUAGCUAUUCACUCUUAACAUUUGUGAAAGUGUUGUGGCCAGAAUACAGUAUUUGGCAUUUAUUUGCUUCUAUUUGGAGUUAUCAACAUUCCCUUAAAUAUAUAAAGGCUGGUCGCGAGAAACAUUUUGAAGCUAGAAAACAACAGACAGAGAGAGAGAUUUACAGGCAUGCUAUAUCUGCACUUAGAGAUGAAGAAUUAACUGAAGAAAAAUUGCAGGAUUAUAUUUUAAAGAGAAAGGAAAGAAUAAAUAAUUUUCUAUGCCAUCUGAAGCAUAAGCGUAUAAGAAAAUUGGAAGAAAUAAAAAAAAAUGGAGAAGUAAAUGAUGAUUUUUAAAAAUAAAAUUUGAAUAUUAAA